AUGACACUCCUCUCGGAUAUUACCUCUGCAUCGGCACAUUUACACAACUCUAACCAGCUACCGAGCGAUGAGUAUGACCGUCGGAUCCGCGAGCUAGUUGAAUACUUCAGGCGGCUACAAUCCACCAAAGCUCUCGACUCACUUGCCAAUGAUAAGUCUGUUCUCGAUCGUUUUGACCCAGCGAUAGAUUCUAUCCCAUAUCUUUUCGUGCUACAUGUGCAAAUACAAAAAGCACAGGAACUCAAUGCCGAUGAAUUUCCAGCUGAUAUCCGCCCCUCCGGGAAUCUAUGGACGUAUGCUGCACAUCUUCUGACGAGUUUCGAUGGGGUCCAAGUCAGAUACGCUGGACAAGAAUGGCGUCUUCUUGUUGAGCUGCCACUGCUAGGCGCUACGCUAGUAAGGGACGCCAUGCUUCGUCUCGACCCGUCAUGUGCCGUUUUCACCUCGAAUCACCUUUUGCUUGUCCGGCUUUGUCUCCGGGGCAAAGCAUAUUCGUGUGCAUUGCCUAUCUUAAAUAAGCAGAUUUGUCAUUUCCCAAUUUCGCUGGGGCGUUCCUCCUCAGAGCCCUCCAUGCUCUGUGCGGAUCAUGGGUCAAGUGUAUCCUUUAUGACUGAAGCUGCUGGGAUCUCAUCUAAGCUAUCAUAUCGAGAAUACUUACAGUACUUUCUUUAUGGUGGUUUAGUAUACAUGGCGUUGAAGGAGUGGCGCAAUGCACUUCAUUUCCUUGGGAUUGUCAUCUCUGCGCCAAGUACUAGCUCUGUGAGCUUGAUUAUGGUGGAGGCGUACAAAAAAUGGGUACUGGUAGGCCUACUCGAAAAGGGCAAGCUCUGUCCGCCUCCAAGCAUCACAGCACCUCAUGUGGUGAAAGUGUAUCAAUCACUCGCGAGGCCCUAUAUUAUUCUUGCUCAUGCAUUUGAACGUGGAGAUUUGAAGAGACUCAAUGCUGAAAUCGAUGCUGCCACGGGAGUCUGGUGCGCGGACAAUAAUGUCGGUCUCGUUUCCCAGGUAGUGGGUGCUUUCUUCAGUCAGACCGUUAUCAAGCUUGGGAAGACUUUUGCAGCUUUAACAGUGGCAGACCUUUCAAAGCAGGUGUUUCCCUCCCCUGUGUGUGCAGAAGGCAUUGGAUCCGCAGUUUCAUCCCUCAUCAUGUCUCGUGCUUUGAACGCGACAUUGGUGCAGACCAAAGAUCAUGCUGAGUCUUCUAUGCUACGGUUCUCAUCCAUUCAUUCGUUGCCUCGUCUCUCUCAUGAGUUGGACUUACAGUCCCAGCUCAAGCAGGAGAUGAGGCUGAUGGAGACCCUGGUGAUUAAUAUUGGGGAAACCAACAAUAACCUAGGAUUAAGUGAUGAAUACGUUGAUAACCUGAAUAAGGGUCAGGUUUGGUCGGGUUCUAGUGAAGUCAAUCCCAUUGUAGGGGGCGAGGCUGGGCUUGAGAUGGAUGAAGAUCUGAUGGGUGACAUGUCCUGA